ACGCUCGCGCAUCCGUGCGCCGAUCACCAGUAGGUCAGACUUCCGAAACAAGAUGGAGUUUUAUCAAAGCAGCGGGACCAGCUCCGUGGAUUACGGCGUUGACGAUCGCGGACCCAAAUCUGGGAAAGCGCCGUCCAGCAACGAAGAUCGCCUCGACAGCGGGUUGGAUUCCCUUAAAGAAGACGAGUACGCGGAGGUGGCGCGUGACAUCGGGCGACUGCGCGUGGACUGCGCUCCCCGAGCGCGUGAGGAGUGCUGCGAGCCGUGGAAACAUGAAGUUACCGAGGACGGAGACACGUUUCUACACCUCGCCAUUAUUCACGAAGCCCAAGACGCUGCAGUGAGGAUAAUUGAAAUGUCAGUCAGUGACCCCUUUCUCAACAAGCAAAACUACCAAAGACAGACAGCGUUACACCUGGCCGUGGUGACUGAGCAGCCACUAGUGGUGGAGAGGCUGUUGGAGGCGGGCUGUGACCCCACGUUAGUGGAUAACAACGGCAACACAGCCCUCCACAUAGCCUGCAGAACAGGCUCCCUUUCCUGCUUUAGCCUCCUCACCCAGAACUGCCAAGAGCAUCUCCCGGCCGUCCUGCACACUCCCAACUACAGUGGUCAGAAAUGCUUACACCUGGUUUCCAUCCAUGGUUAUCUCUCAUUGGUGGAGAACCUUAUCUCCCUUGGCGCAGAUAUCAAUGCACAGGAGCAGUGUAAUGGCAGGACGGCUCUCCACCUGGCGGUGGACCUGCAGAACUCUGAGCUGGUGAGGCUCCUGGUGAACAGAGGGGCCGACGUGAACAGCGUGACGUACGGGGGUCAUACAGCGUACCACCUGACUUACGGGCGUCAGAACACUGACAUUCAGAAGAUCCUGUUCGAUCUUACUGCGAACGACCUCCGAGAGCUCCCAGAUAGUGAGUCUGAGGACAGCGAAGAUGACUACAAGGAUGAAGAGCUGUCUGAUGAAGAGAUAUAUGAUGAUAUAAAAAUGAUGGGGCAGAAAUAGGGAAGUGGUCGGUGGUUUGGAGAGUUCCAGUGUGAAGCCGAGCAGAGAAUCAUGUUCUCCUAGUAACAGCAACCAGGAGCAAGGUGGUCACAUGAACACAGGUCUCUUGGGAAUCAAGCCCCCACUGGGAGAAGGCCAGAGUCGCCAUGCCAACAAGAGAUGGGAAAGCUGUUUAAGCAUGUCAGGCAGAAAGGGCCAGAGAACACUAGAGCGGGCAGAUGCCCUGUUGGCACUUCACAACAGACUGAAAUGCCUGCAGAAGUGCUUACCUGCAGCGCUGUUGUACUAAGGUGUUACCUAUUUUGUAUAGAGACAGAUCUAUUUUUAUAAUGUAAAUGUGUACAGACAUUUGAGAAUAAAUAAAACUAAAUAGUUUUUCUUUUGUGGGGCAAUCCCAAAAGGUUGCAGUAAAUUAAAACCAUGAAAAGCGCAAUACGUGGUGUUCCUAUUUACUUCUGUCUGGGGCGGAAUGGGGUGUGCAUGCUUUUCUUGUGGUUGAGAAGAGUUUGUAAUAGAAGGGUUUGUAAUAGGAACCUUAUACUCAGGCUUCCAUCAGCUGAGUACACUGGAAUUUCCUGAAAAGGCAGGGGGGGCAGUUACUCAGACUAGACGGGCAAUGCUGAAAAUUCCCCAUUAGAGUCAUAGCUUCCCGGAUUCCAACCAUAGAAGCCUUCAUGGAACUGUAUGGAGCUGUUCUUUGAAUGUGAAUGUGACAAAUUAUUAGUCAACCAUUUUCCCAUAGCUAUAGAAAAUAAACAGAAUUGUUCCACCA